CAGCUGCUCAGCACGUUCUCGUAAUUUUCAACUUCUUGACAAUUUAAUACAUCCAUUAUCCAAACAAUUAGCAAUUAAUUACACUUAUAAAUUAAUUUGUAAACUAAUUAAAACUGACAAACACGGCUCUCUCUUCUUCAUCAUCAUCAUCAUCUUCCUCUCGAUCGGAAAAUAGUCAAAAGUUUCUAUAAAUUGUUGAAUCAAAGCAGAGAAGAAGAAGAAGACGAUCAUGAAUCCAGAUUCCGAUUAUCCUCAUCUCCCUAACAUCAAGAUCCACCAUCCUUCAUCUCCUCGUCACUCUCACCACCACUCUUCCUCCACUCCUUCCGCCGCUACUCCUACCCCAACCGCCGGUGCUCGCCGUAAGAUCGGAGUCGCCGUUGACCUUUCCGAAGAAAGCGCUUUCGCUGUUCGCUGGGCUGUCGAUCAUUACAUCCGUCCCGGAGACGCCGUCGUCAUUCUCCACGUUUCUCCAACCUCCGUUCUCUUCGGCGCCGAUUGGGGACCUCUCCCUCUCCAAACUCCUCCUCCUCCUUCCGCCGCUACCGAUCCCGGAGCUCAGCCGAAGCCUAGUCAGGAAGAUUUCGAUGCGUUUACUUCUUCCAAAGUAGCGGAUCUAGCGAAGCCGUUGAAGGAAGCUGGGUUUCCUCAUAAGAUCCAUAUAGUGAAAGAUCACGAUAUGAGAGAGAGGCUUUGCUUAGAGACUGAAAGGCUUAAUCUAAGCGCCGUGAUAAUGGGAAGCAGAGGAUUUGGUGCUGAGAAGAGAGGAAGUGAUGGCAAGCUUGGCUCUGUUAGUGAUUAUUGUGUUCACCAUUGUGUUUGUCCUGUUGUUGUUGUUAGAUAUCCUGAUGAUCGUGAUGGUCCUGCUCCUCCUGGGAAUGUUGGAGCUACCAGGGAAGCUAUUGUCACUGUUAAAUCACGUAGGGAUGAUGACGAUGAUGAUGAUGAAGAUCAUGAGGCUAAGAUUGCUGCUGCUGCUUCCGAUCAUCAUGAACACAUCAAAGGUUAGGAUCCAUUCAUUACUUUCUCUCGUUGACUUGCUAUAUAAGGUUGGUGGUGGUGGCAUAAGUUUUUGGAAUUGUUCUGAAUACCUUAGCUUUGUGUUUUCUAGAGAUUGCCAAUGAUGGAAACUUGUAAAACUUAGAUCUUUCUAUGAUUCGUCUUCAGAAAUUAGAGUAUUGUGACUUUUAAUUUGCUCGACUCUGUUUCACCUUGUAGGAGUGGUUUUACGAAUGAGCCGGUUACUUAACUUUCUGCUUUAGUAUCGAAAAGUAUUUGAUUUUUCCAUAUUUUUUUUGUGUCUGUUGCUUUGUUGAGUGUAUGUUAAAUUUCGUAGCCAUUUUUGAUGACUAUCUAGAAGUUUUUGGAAAUUUUCACUGCAAUGCAAGAGCAAGUAUGGAAAUGAACUUCAACGUUUUCUCACUUCAUGAUUUUCCUACACUGCUUUUGCUCUUCUUUACUAAAACUGGUUGUGUUUCAAUUCGAAUAUUCUUGAUACCUCUCAGUCUAGAAGAAAAUUGCGUUUGGCCCCCACCAAGAAAGGUUUUUUUUUUUGGGUGAUCUCUUGACUCUUUUCUAUAUUUGAUCUGGUUUGGAGUAAUAGUAAGCAAAGUUUCACAAUUCUUGACUUGAUAAAGAAGAGAAGAGACAAAUCUCCUGUGCUUCCUGGCGAAACUCCUUUUCAGUAAAUUAGAGAAAAUAUCUGGUUGGUGGCAUUUUGUAAAACUUGACUAGGGAAAAACUUGAGAAUAGAGUGAUAUAGAAAUCAUAAGCACUUCUCUUUGUUUGAUCUAGCUAGUCUAUUGCUAAGACAGCCUUUGUUAUACACUUUUCUAGACAUAUGAUAACUGUGCGUAAGAUGAUGCAAAAUAGCUAUGAAUUGUCAAAGCCUAGGUUUGCAAAAGAAAAUGUACAUGAUCUUUUCUUGAUUGACUCCUCUUGUGAAUCUUAGUUUCAACUCUUACAAGUUGACACUUGUAGAAGGAUAUUUGACAUCAAGCUAAUUAAUUAAAACAAGGUUGUCUGGGUAUGAUUUUAUUAUCCAAAGCGAAUAACUAUUGAGCCCUCUUCCUUUUACAGAUGAGUAAAGUGCCUUAGUAUCUCAUCAGGUUCACCCUCUUCACAGUCAGGUACAACGAUGGAUGAAACAAAACGGAUUUGUGCAGAGGAGUGUGUUUGUGUGUUUGUUUAUUGCUAUCUUUUGCAAUAUUGAAAAGUCUCUGGAAUCUCCUCUGGAUUAUUUAUUCCCAGUCCUUGUUCUUCUUAUAAUUCUCCAUGUAUGAUUUUCACAUUUAAACAAUGCCCUUUUCCAUGUAUGACUUUCACAUUUAAACAAUACCCUUUUGGGGUUAUGACCUUAAUCUUCAAUCUAAUUUGAUAUCCGAUGAGAUACUAAAAGAUGGAAUCUAUUUUGGUUUUUAACACUUAAAACAAAUCGACCAAAG